AGACACAUAAUAGAUAACCAUAGAGAUCAGAGAGAACACUGUAAAAAGACCAAUUUCAAGAAUUGUUACUUCUCCACAUCUUGGCCAAUGGUUUUCCUGUGAUUAGGAAUAAAAUUUUCCGUUUGAUUCAAUUGAAACUAUCAAAAUGGAAAGAAAUGAAUCGAUUGUUACCAAAGGUUUUCUGGUUAAGUCUAACCUAAUGUUAACGCAUUUCCCUCGAUGGUUUAUGAUAUUGACUCUUGGAUUUUGUGGAUUCAUUAAAGAGACUCUUUGGAUUGUUCAAUUUAUUUCAAGUGUUUCGAGACCUCGAGAUUUUGAAACUAUACGAUUCACGAUUUACAAUGUUGUUUUUUUGUCUCGCUGUGUGAUUGCAACUUUUACUCUGGACUGGAAAGCAUUUGCGGCUUACAUUGAACAAUUGAGUCGAGUGGAGCUGGAAAAGGAUGACGAAAGUGUCAAACGAAUUAACCGGGAACGAAGAGUUAAAAAAUGGUUUUGCUUUGUUGCUUUACUUUCAUACAUAAUUUUAAAUAUCAUUCACUUUGUGACUUUACUAAGAAAAGAAAGUUAUACAGUUUCUAUACUUAUUGUUGAUAUUGUUUUAUUCAUCAGCCACUUUUUCCUCAUUUAUUUGAUCAUAGAUCUUUGCAUUUGCUUGAAGGUCGCUUUUCAAUACAUUAACCAUCAUUUGAAACACUUUCAGAUAACUUCACCCAAUCUAAUGUUGUCUGAAUUGAGACACAUACGCUCGAUGUACAGCUGUACCGUUCGAGCAUCACAAGAGGCUGAAAAAUUUGCCCGUCAUUUUAUCGCUUGGUUUUAUUGCCAGUUCAUUUUGUUCAACAUUGCCAACAUCGUCGAUCUCUUAGGACAAAGAAAUGAAAAAAGCAUAAUCUUCUUCUUGUUCAUGGUAGUGGAUGGCAUCAAUACAGGCUAUUUAACAAUGAAACUAGUUGCUGUUAACAAAGCUUCCACUUCAGGCAUGGAGGAUCUGUAUGAGAUCUCAUACGAUUUGAAAUCUUACAAUCUUCAAAAUGAGAACAACCUUUUUCUCAACCGAAUGCUCUGGCAAAAUGUUGGUUUCACCUUCUCUGAUUUAUUUCUGAUUAAUCCUAGUUUCAUUACUUCACUUCUGAGCUUUGUAUUAUCAAUUGCUCUUAUGAUUGCUAAUUUUCUGUAUCAUUAGAC